AUUGGUGAACACAAAAAUUUUUUGGAUUCGGCGCGGUUUCAGUCCCUUCUUCUUCUUUUCUUCUACUCGGGAAGAAGAUCAUUGUACAAUUCGUCGACAGGUCAAUCUCAUUUUUCGACGCAUUCUUCGACCUCACCAUUUUCUCAAUUAGCUGCUUUGCAUUCAAUUGCUGGUUUCUUUUAACUCAAGAUGCCAUCCCUCAACGGAGCUACUCCCGUUAAUGGGAGCACCAAGUUCUUGGACUACAGCACUGCUAUUGAGGCACUGAACGAGUACAAAUCUCGCGAUGGCCUCGGUAUUGAGGAUCUCAUCGAUACCAAGCAACGAGGUGGUUUAACCUACAAUGAUUUCCUGGUCUUGCCAGGAUAUAUUGGUUUCCCCGCCUCGGAAGUUGUUCUCGACUCGCCAAUUACCAAGAGAAUAACGUUGAAGACUCCAUUUGUCUCUUCUCCCAUGGAUACAGUAACCGAACACGAGAUGGCUAUUCACAUGGCGCUGCAAGGUGGUCUUGGUGUCAUCCACCAUAACUGCUCGCCAGAUGCCCAAGCCGACAUGAUUCGAAAGGUCAAGAGAUACGAGAACGGCUUCAUUGUCGAUCCCGUCGUCAUCAGCAAGGAGACCACUGUUGAAGAAGCUAGGGCGCUUAAGGAGAAAUGGGGUUUUGGUGGUUUCCCUGUGACUGAAACCGGCAAGCUUGGCUCCAAGCUUCUAGGCAUCGUCACGAACCGCGACCUCCAAUUCGAGGAUGAUCUCAGUCAACCGGUCGAUAAGGUCAUGGUCACCGAUCUAGUCACCGCCCAGCUCGGCGUAACUCUACCCGAAGCGAAUAAGAUUCUGGCGAAAUCCAGGAAGGGCAAGCUGCCUAUCGUCGAUAAGGACUUCAACCUUGUAUCCAUGAUCUCUCGCUCCGAUUUAACCAAGAACCUACACUUCCCACUUGCGUCCAAGCUUCCCGACUCCAAGCAACUUAUCUGCGCCGCGGCGAUCGGUACCCGACCGGAGGAUAAGAUUCGCCUCCAGAAGCUUGUCGAUGCUGGCCUCGAUAUUGUCAUUUUAGACAGUAGUCAAGGCAACAGCAUGUACCAGAUUGAGAUGAUUAAGUGGAUCAAACAAGAAUACCCCGGCCUCGACGUUAUUGGCGGAAACGUAGUGACUCGAGAGCAGGCCGCAAACCUGAUUGCCGCGGGUGUCGAUGGAUUGAGGAUCGGAAUGGGUAGCGGAAGUGCGUGUAUUACCCAGGAGGUCAUGGCCGUGGGUCGUCCUCAAGCCGCCGCGGUUUACUCGGUUUCAGCCUUCGCGGCGAAAUUUGGUGUACCGUGUAUCGCGGACGGUGGUGUACAAAACGUUGGCCACGUCGUCAAGGGUCUUGCGCUCGGUGCAUCCACAGUCAUGAUGGGUGGUCUCCUCGCCGGUACCACCGAGUCUCCAGGCACCUCCUUUGUGUCGCGCGAAGGUAAGCUUGUCAAGGCGUACCGUGGUAUGGGCAGUAUCGACGCCAUGCAAGACAAGAAGGCUGGCGCCGGCGGUAAGAACAGCCAAGCUAGCAACGCUGGUACCGCACGUUACUUCAGCGAGGGUGACAGCGUUCUAGUUGCGCAAGGUGUGUCCGGCGCUGUCGCACACCGCGGAUCUAUCAGCAAGUUUGUUCCGUACCUAGCCGCUGGUCUCAAGCACUCGAUGCAAGACUGCGGCCAGAAGAGCUUGAAAGAGCUCCACGAGAGCGCCGCCAAUGGCACUCUCCGAUUCGAGAUCCGUACUGCCAGCGCGCAGCUGGAAGGUGGUGUCAACAUGGAGAGCUACGAGAAGAAGCUUUACGCUUAAGUAUGAGGGUGUUAUAUGGUGACAGCAGGCUGGUGGUUCGGUUUUAAUGGACCAACUGAACUGGUGGGUUCAUGGAUAAGCACUCGCGAAGAUUGACUAGCUAGUUGGUUGGCGAUGAUGAAUUUUUUCCUUUGCUUCUUCCAGAUAGUCCUCGGUGCGGAGAAAGAGAAAAAAGCAAAAAACAAAGUGAUACCACUUGAUAGCUUUGUUUAUGAUUUUGAUGAUGAAAAGCGCAGUAGCUUCAUCCCAUUUAUAUAGGCGUUCUGCAAAAAAAUUUCAUGGCCACGGGGUUAGGGACAGGUCAUGUCGGUUGGGUUUACAGGCAAAGGAGACAGCAGACUAGGAAAAGGAAUAUUGAGGAAUGGAUACGGGGAGUUUAUCACGUCUCUGUUACGGACGAGAUGGAUGAGAUGGAUGAAAUAGUGAAAUCAUAUGGAAAACUCCGAAUAACAAAUACAAAAAUUGUCAAAUCAA